AAUGCGAUAAAUCAAUAAAUGAGAUAAAUCCAUGCAAAAUGCGCGAUACAUGCCAUUCAGGGAAGAUAUAAGACCAUUGGAGAAUAUCCCUCCUUUCUACUGCACUUUUCCAUGGGAAUGGCCCCCAACUAUUCUAUCCCUACUACCAACGACAUUGCCAUCCACCUAGCUACAGCAUAGUAGCUAUACGUGACACCCAUGGACAACCAUCGGCGUGACUCAUUUGAUUAGGUAAUAUCAGAGAUAUACAACCCACCAACAGCGAUAUCCCCCAGUCUGUCCGAGGAAAGUCGCUAGGUGACUCUACGAAGAGGCCGAAAGUGGAUUCAAGUCAACACAUGAGUGUACUAAAAUGAGUAGGGGAGAAUUAGAAUGAAUAGGGUAUAUAUAACAUAAUUUCAAUACAUAUGAUACACCGGGUCUUUAGAAAGAAGUCACUUAUUCUUGAAUCAUUGAUCAAUUGAAUCUCAUGAUGACUACGCAAGACGGCACCGAAAAGUCUGCCAGGGGUCCUGUUCCCGUCUACUUGAUUCCCUGGGAUCCCGACUCGCAAGAACAUGUUGAUCGGAUGAAGUUGCAGCGAAUCGCCUGUGGAUGGAAGGUUGACCAAGUAGACGGCUGGAGAGAAACACAGAGAAAAGGGCAAUCGGGUCUGCAUUGGGUGGUCCUCCACCCAGACCAUCCCGAAAGCCCCUCACGGCUUAAAAGCCACCUUGCAGCCUAUCCCAGCGAGGCGCAAGCUCUCCCAGACACAUGCAAGACGAUUCUAGGCCGGCCUCAUAAACCGGAUCCCCUCGUGCCACGCUUCCAUCCCGUUGGCCAUAUCGCGCUCGACUCGGUGACCCCUGAGCCAGAGCUGCAGACUAGUCUCGCCGACGGGAUCCUCUCGCUCAUGAACUUCUACAUCUCCUCGGCGCUGCAGAACCGCGGCCUCGGGGGCGCCGCAAUGGCGUAUUGCGAGAAAAUGGCCAAGGAAGACUUCGGCGCCAAGGCUAUCACCUUGGAAACCAUCGCCAACUCGGAGUGCGUACCAGAUAGUCCACGACGAAUUGCUCUGAAGCGGCCGAUACUAGCUGUCACCAAUGAAGAUUGGUAUACGCGACACGGCUAUAAGGUCUAUGCUCAGCGGAAAGUAGCCUGGAUCGAUGUAGAUGAGACUGGCAAAGAAUGGCCGACGGGAAGCUCGAUGCUUCGCAAGGAGCUUGUAUAAAGGAGAUGGAUUUCUCUAAAGAUCGAAGUUUAUUAAGUGAACAUUCCCAUUUUCGGGCUAGAUAAUAGCGAAUAUAGAUAUGUUGACACUCAGCAUAAACUCUAUUGGGUUCUAUGGCAUCUAUAGAAAUGAAGCAGAGCUAAUUCUAGUUCCCGGCCCAAGUCUGGACUGAGGAUUAUCUGUCGUC